AUGGGAUUACCACAGUAUGAGAAGUCUCUUGAUUUGAGUCAGUCCCGGAGAAAGUACAGACCUCCCGGCCCUUCAAAAAGCAGACGCAAAGAAGGCUCGCUAUCACAAGGUAAUGGCCACGCGGUUGUAAAAGGCGACCAAAGGACAGUGGCGAAUGUCCGCGAGCGGCAAAGAACACAAGCAUUGAACGAAGCGUUUAACAAGCUAAGAAAGAUCAUCCCUACUUUGCCGUCAGAUAAGCUCUCUAAAAUUCAAACUCUACGACUGGCGGCGCGCUACAUCGACUUCUUGUGCCAGGUUCUGGGCAAUAACGAGAAACAUCCGAACUCUGCUGCCAGUAGCUGUUUUAUUGCUCAUGAACGGCUAAGCUAUGCUUUCAGUGUGUGGAGAAUGGAGGGCGCGUGGUUUCAGCAACAGUAA